AUGUCUUACACUCCAUCUACGGGUCCAAGAACCCUUUACGACAAGGUCUUUGACACUCACGUAGUUCACAAGAACGAAGCUGGAUCUUACCUACUAUACAUUGACAGACAUAUUAUCCAUGAAGUCACAUCUCCACAAGCUUUUGAAGGUUUAAGUAACGCAGGUAGAAAAGUCAGAAGAACCGAUUGUACUUUAGCAACAGUUGAUCACAACAUUCCAACCGAAUCCAGAAAGAACUUCAAGUCUGUAGAUACAUUCAUUGAGCAAACUGAUUCUCGUCUACAAGUUAAGACCCUUGAGGACAAUGUUAAGAACUUUAACGUUCCUUACUUAGGUAUGCAAGAAGACAGACAAGGUAUCGUACAUAUUAUUGGUCCAGAACAAGGUUUCACUCUACCUGGUACUACUGUUGUUUGUGGUGACUCCCAUACUUCUACCCACGGUGCCUUUGGUUGUCUAGCCUUUGGUAUCGGUACUUCUGAAGUCGAACAUGUUCUAGCUACUCAAACUUUGAUUCAAGCAAAGAGCAAGAACAUGAGAAUCAAAGUCAAUGGUAAAUUGAACGAAGGUGUUACCUCUAAGGAUUUGGUCCUACAUAUUAUCGGUUUAAUCGGUACAGCUGGUGGUACUGGUUGUGUCAUUGAAUUUGCCGGUGAAGCCAUUGAAAAUCUAUCUAUGGAAGCAAGAAUGUCCAUGUGUAACAUGUCCAUCGAAGCUGGUGCUCGUGCUGGUAUGAUUGCUCCUGAUGAAAUCACUUUCGAAUACUUAAAGGAUAGACCGUUAGUUCCAACUGGAAAUGAAUGGGAAAAAGGUGUAGCUUUCUGGAAAUCUCUAUACUCUGAUGCUGAUGCAAAGUUUGAUCAUGAAAUCGUCAUUAAUGGUACUGAAAUUGCCCCAACUGUCACUUGGGGUACCUCUCCACAAGAUGCUCUACCAAUAUCUGCUAGUGUUCCAGAUCCAUCUAAGGCCGACGAUCCAAUUAAGAAGUCUGGUAUGCUAAGAGCACUAGAUUACAUGGGUUUGGAACCAAACACUCCACUGACUCAAAUUAAGGUUGACAAAGUCUUUAUUGGUUCUUGUACCAAUGCUCGUAUUGAAGAUUUAAGAAGUGCUGCUGCGGUCGUUAAUGGCUAUAAGAAGGCUUCUAACAUUAUGAGAGCUAUGAUUGUUCCAGGUUCUGGUCUUGUUAAAAGGCAAGCUGAAGAAGAAGGUUUGGACAAAAUCUUCUUGGAUGCUGGAUUUGAAUGGAGAGAAGCUGGUUGUUCUAUGUGUCUGGGUAUGAACCCAGAUAUCUUAUCUCCAAAGGAACGUUGUGCUUCUACCUCCAACAGAAACUUUGAAGGUCGUCAAGGUUACCAAGGUCGUACCCAUCUAAUGUCUCCGGCCAUGGCUGCAGCUGCAGCUAUUACUGGUCACAUUACCGAUAUUAGAACCUUUAAGAUCAACAAGCCAGAAGCUGCUAAGGUUGAAAUAUCUUCCGACGAAGAUGAAGAAUUGAAAAAUGCUGCCUAUGAACACAACGAACCAGUUCAACCAUCUGAUGCUACAGAAGAUAUUGCCGAAGAUGAAGUUGAUGACAUUCCAUCCCCAGUUAAGGCUAAGACUACUGCAACUGCCGGUAGUAUGAACCCAUUCACAACUCUAACUGGUCUUGCUGCUCCUCUUGACAAAGCAAAUGUUGAUACUGAUGCUAUCAUUCCAAAGCAAUUCUUAAAGACUAUUAAGAGAACUGGUCUAAGUGUUGGUCUAUUUUACGAAUGGAGAUUCCAAAAGGACGCCAAUGGAAAGGAUCAAGAAACUGAUUUUGUUUUAAACGUUGAACCAUACAGAAACGCUGAAAUCUUAAUUGUCACAGGUGAUAAUUUUGGUUGUGGUUCCUCUAGAGAACACGCUCCAUGGGCUCUAAAGGAUUUCGGUAUUAAAUGUAUGAUUGCUCCAUCUUUCGGUGACAUUUUCUACAACAACUCCUUUAAGAAUGGUCUACUACCAAUUAGAGUUGAUGCUAAGAUCAUCAACGAAAAAUUGAUACCAAUUGCUAGGAAUGGCGGUCAACUAAAGAUCGAUCUACCAAACCAAAAUAUUUCUGAUGAUAAGGGUAACGUUCUGGUUCCACAUUUCGAAGUUGAAGAAUUCAGAAAGUAUUGUCUAGUUAACGGUUUCGAUGACAUUAGCCUAACUCUACAACUUGAAGACUUUAUCUCCAAAUAUGAGAAGGUGAGAAGAGAUAAAUACUCAUUCUGGGAAGGUGGUUCUUCGUUAGUUAAAUUCCCAAUGGAUAUCAAGGAACAAAAAUUCACAAAACCAUUAACUACCUACGAUAUCGUGCACCAAGACUGGUAA